AAACGUGAUGCGCCGGAAGUUGCAGCAGUCUACGUCAUAUUUACGCGACGACCGCUCUUACCGUUGUGCUCACGCAGGAUUCAACUGUUGAACUACAGAAAUGGCUCGAAAUGCAGAAAAGGCCAUGACGGCCUUGGCCAGGUUUCGGCAAGCCCAGCUUGAAGAAGGAAAGUUUAGGGAAAGAAGACCAUUUCUUGCUUCAGAGUGCAAUGAGUUACCCAAAGCAGAGAAGUGGAGACGACAGAUCAUCAGUGAGAUUUCAAAGAAGGUUGCCCAGAUUCAAAAUGCCGGUUUGGGUGAAUUUAAGAUCCGUGAUAUGAAUGAUGAAAUCAACAAGCUUCUUCGAGAGAAAGGUCACUGGGAGGUCAGAAUUAAAGAGCUGGGAGGACCUGACUAUAGAAGAUUCGGACCCAGGAUGUUGGACCACGAGGGUAAAGAGGUCCCAGGAAACAGAGGAUAUAAGUAUUUUGGUGCAGCAAAAGAUCUACCAGGAGUCAGAGAGCUGUUUGAAACGGAGCCCAUCCAGCUGCCCAGAAAAACACGAGGCGAUCUGAUGAAGGACGUUGAUGCUGAGUAUUAUGGUUAUAGAGACGAGGAUGAUGGCAUUUUAGUACCUUUAGAACAGGAAUAUGAGAAACAAGUUAUAGCAGAGGCUGUUGAGAAAUGGAAAGCAGAUAAAGAGGCUCGAUUGGCUGGUGGAGUCGUGAAAGACACUGAAGAAGAGGAGGAAUAUAUUUACGCUGUCAAAGACGAUGAGCAGUCGGACGAUGAAAGCCGAGAGCAGAUGGAGGGAGAAAACGGUGCACAAACAUUUAUUGCACAUGUUCCCGUUCCAUCACAAAAAGAGAUUGAAGACGCUUUGGUGAGACGGAAGAAAAUGGAGCUCCUGCAGAAAUACGCCAGUGAGAGUUUGAUGGCACAAAGUGAAGAGGCCAAAACGUUACUUGGUUUAUAGUGUGCUGAACAGCUUGGGUUCCCAAAUCAUUGUGUGUACAAUCUUGAGGGUUGUAUUGAUAUCAUAUGAAGCCAGAAUGAUGUCAUUUCGGAGCAGAAGAUAUAACAUGAUCUGAUCAAAUGUGGCUGUAUUUGAAGUUUGAGUAUUGGAUGUGUUAAAGAUGCUGUUUGGGUUAUAGAUUGGAGUUCAGAUACAAAACAGGUGAAAAUAUCUGCAGUGCUUUGUUUGAUAAGGUCACGUUGAUGCAUAUUACUUGUACAGUUAACAUGAGAUCAGCUGAAUUUAAAGUCAAUCUUCACAGAAUAAUAAAGUAAUCUAGUUGUUGUUACGGGCCAAAAGAUGUUGCCGAUUUUGGGUGUAAUAACACCUUUACUGUAUGCUGUAAAUAUUGUGUACGCUAUGUUGACCUCGCCUUUUUUGACAAGUAAACUCAUUUUUACAAUA